CAGGUGAGUUGGCUCCUCCUGUCCUGUUUCAGCAGCGGCCAGCAGGCAGAACAUGAGCCAUCAGCUCCUCUGGGGCAGGCUGUAGGACGCUAUAACUCUCUCCAGAGGAACAAACGCACCCAGGGAGCAAUGGGACAGUGCCGGUCAGCCAAUGCAGAGGACGCCCAGGAAUUCAGUGAAGUGGAGAGAGCCAUUGAGACCCUCAUCAAGAACUUCCACCAGUACUCGGUGGAGGGUGGCAAGGAGACGAUGACCCCCUCUGAGCUACGGGACCUGGUCACCCAGCAGCUGCCCCACCUCAUGCCGAGCAACUGUGGGCUGGAAGAGAAAAUUGCCAACUUGGGCAGCUGUAACGACUCUAAACUGGAGUUUGGGAGUUUCUGGGAGCUGAUCGGAGAAGCAGCCAAGAGUGUGAAGCUGGAAAGUCCUGCCCCAGGGUGCUGAAGACAUACCCUUGGAAUUCUUGGGGGGAUGUUGGGGGAAGGGAACCUUAGAGACUCUGGGCCUGGAAAUAAAACUCUUCUCUCCACCACUG